AAUAGAAUUAUGAUUUGAAGAGAACUCUCCCCCAAUUAUUGAUCUCCUUUAGUUUGCAUUCCCAUUAUCUAUUGCUUUUGAUCUGCCUGCCAUUAUCAUAUCGUGUUAAUUACACAAUCCAAGUAUGCCUCCAUUAUCAUUGAGCCAUACUUCAGGGGCAAUAUGCAGAACCCAAUCUCUUCCAUUGCCAUUGUUCAAACUCAUUGACUACUUGGCUGAAUAAACAAGCGUUGUAUAUCAGACCAAUCGAGUCCUUGGGCCUGAAGCUGGAAUGAAAGUGGUUCACCAGUAUGCCAAGAAAAUGGAUAUCACCAACCCCGUCCACUUAAGAGUUUCAACAAGAAUGCCAUGCAUUCAGAUGUAUUAUUUCAGAGACACAGAAGGUUGAAGCUGUGACUUGAAAAUAAUCUUUUGACUUCAUGCAGGUAUGUUAAUGUGAUCAUCUUCAAAUAAAUACAUGAAUCUUUUCCUUUUCCAAUUUUUUAAUUUUAAUUUUUAACUUAGAUGGUCCUGGUUUUGUGUCGUUAUGUUGCAGAAUAACAGUACGUAUCUAUGAUUAUUCAAUCAUUAUUCUACAUGUUUCUGGAACCUGUUUAGUAAAAUGAACAGAACAUUGAAAAAUGGUUCAUUCUUCAGCUAACUUAUUCUUCCUCUGUAAAUUUAGAAAGUAGUUGGAAGGAUUGGAGUACCCUCAAUUUAAAGAUCUAUAAACUGAGGUCUCGAGUAUCUCAGUUCUAGCAACUACACCAUCAUCGUAUUUAUAUUGAGUAUCUAAAUGUUGCAUCCCAAACCUUGUCUACUGCAAUUGAAUCCCGACUGUUGUUUCACCCAUGUCUGCAUUGGGAGCAGAAAGGGGCAAGAUCUAUCUUGAUUUUUACUGCAUUAGUAGUGCUACCUUGUUACUCCCAUUACCAUAUAUAUCAUGUACAAUUAACUCUUGUAUAUUUUGAUGAGCAUUGAAUGAAGAAAAAUUCAAACUUUUAGCCUAGCAAGUGUAACUUCAUAAUUGAGCAUAUGGGUCUGUCUCUACAUGAUAAGAACUACAUAGGUUAAUGAAAAUUGAUACAUACAGUAUAUGUAUAGUUUGUUAGUUAAUAUACUAUUUUGAGACAGGUUAGCUAGUGGCUACACAUAAGGUAUUGGCAUUGAUAUUAAUCCCCUAACACUUGAUAUAAGGAAAAAGAGAAGAACAUGACAUUAAUCCCAAAAUUGUUAAUGAACAAAAUGGCUCUCUAUUUUUGUCUUCCUUUUUUCUUUCUUUCUAGAAUAUGUUCCAAACUCUGUAUACUGUAUUCGCCAAAUCACUCUUUAGUUAAGUGAUUAAAACUAUCUUUCUAGAACAAGAGUCAAGUGAUGCUAAUUCUCGUUAAGAGGUAGAAAUCAGCAAUGAACUUUGGCUUCCUUUAGCAAUGUUGGCUGGCUUUCUGCUUCCCAUUCAGUGUGCAUUUGGCCAUUUGAUUUUGGUUUUUGAAUUCUAAAGUGUACUUCAAAAGGGCCAACUGCAUUUCUUUCCAGUAAAGUGAUUAACGGGGUUGGUUGCUGAAUAGUUUUCAGCCGCAGUGAUCAAGUGGCAUGUGCUGUGGAUUCCAUCUUAAUAGGCUGUUGCAGGACGGCUACAUAUAGCAUCAGAGUUAACCGAGUUCGAAAACCGAUCGCAGGCACCAAGAAACUAUCUUCUUGAGAGUAGAGAUCUCAGAUCUACAAUACAAACGCACUCCAGGAAGCAGAUGCAGCAGAUGCAGCCAACAUUCAACAGAUGCAACAGAUGCAGCAAAGCAAGCAGAAUAUGGCUUCUCUGAACAAUGAAGCAGCAGCCAGUUCUUCUCUCCCACUUUCUUCUACUGAUCACCAAAAUCAUUACACAUACGAGGUUUUCCUGAGUUUUCGAGGCGAGGAUACACGCUUUAAUUUUGCAGAUCAUUUGUAUACUACUCUGUGUCAGAGGGGAAUUGAGACCUUCAGAGAUGAUAAGCUGAGCAGAGGAGAAGACAUAUCACAAGAGCUCCUCAAAGCAAUUGAGGAGUCCAGAUUUUCAAUCGUCGUCUUCUCUCAAAAUUAUGCUUCCUCAAGGUGGUGCUUAGAUGAACUGGUCAAGAUACUUGACUGCAGAAAAUCCAAAGGACAGAAGUUUAGAGCAGUUUUCUACAAGGUGGCUCCCUCAGAUGUACGAUACCAAACAGGUGCUUUCGGUGACGCAUUUGCUAAAAUUGAUCAAUGCAAAUACAAGGAUAGCAUCGGCAAAUGGAGGAAGGCUCUUGAGGAAGCAGCAAAUUUGUCUGGAUGGACUUUCGAGGAGGGCCGGUACGAGACUGAAUUUAUCAAAGAAAUUGUUGAGGAUUUGUUCGCCCAAGUAGUAAACCCUUCAUGUGAGUUGCACGUUGCUGAACAUCCAAUUGGCUUGAGGUCUUGUAGACAAGAGGUCAACAAACUUUUAGAUGCCGAGGAGAAUAACAUGGUUGGCAUAUGGGGGCCUGGUGGAAUAGGAAAGACCACAAUUGCGAAGGAUUUGUUUAAUUCAAUUCGCCAUAAGUUUGAAGGUACCUGUUUUUUGACAGAUUUUAGAUCAAAAGGCCUAGUCCAACUGCAAGAGACACUUUUGUCUCAUAUUUUAAACUCAACUUUGGAUGUGAGCAGUGUUGAUCAAGGAGUCAGUUUUAUAAAGACAAGGAUGCGACAUAAAAAAGUUCUCUUAAUUCUUGAUGACGUGAGUCAUUCUAGCCAAUUACAGAACUUAGUUCCAUCCCCUAAUUGUUUUGGGCCGGGCAGUAAAAUUCUCAUAACAACAAGAGAUAAACGUUGGCUAAUUGCUCAUCAAGUUGAUGAAGUAUACGAGGUCAAAAUGUUAAAUGAUCGUCAAGCUUUAGAAUUAUUUAGUUUGAAUGCAUUCAAAAGAAAUGGACCUCCAGGCGAUUAUGUGGAACUUGCACAACGUGCAGUACGCUAUGCCCAGGGCCUUCCAUUAGCUUUGAUAGUUUUAGGCUCUCAUCUAUUUCGUAGAAGCCGAGAUGAGUGGGAAGCUACAUUAGAUAGUUGUAGGGGAGAAGAUCCCCACAGAGAGAUAAGAGACGUGCUCAAAAUAAGUUACGAUGCUCUGGGAGUAGAUUUAAAAGGAUAUCUUCUUGAUAUCGCUUGUUUCUUUAAGGGUAAGCUUGUAGACAAUGUGAAACCAAUACUAGAAGCUUGCUACGACCUCAAAUCAGUGAUUGGUAUUAAACAACUCCAAGAAAAAGCCUUGAUCCGAAUUGACGAUGAGACUUUCAAGGGUGGUAGGAUUUGGAUGCAUGACUUGAUAGAAGAAAUGGGUAAAGACAUAGUGUAUCAACAGUCGCCCGGUGAGCCCGGGGAACGUAGCAGAGUUUGGAGUGAAGAAGAUGUCGACCACGUUCUAAGAAAUAAUACAGGAACAAAUAAUGUUAUAGGCAUUCAGGUCCCAUGGCAAUUAUCUACGAUAUCAUUGAAUGCUAAAAGCUUCUCAAAGAUGAAGAAUCUUAGAUAUAUUUCUAUGGGCGAGAACCGGAUAUAUGAAUGUUUUUCUGGAGAUAUUGAUUAUCUCUCCAACCAGUUGAGGUGGCUUGAUUGGCCAAAAUGUCCAUUGCAAUCUUUUCCAUCCGAUUUUCAUGCAAACAGACUUGUAAAGCUCAAUAUUCCUGGCAACCGCAGAAUCACACGACUGUGGGAGGGACGUAAGAAAUUUUCAAGGCUAACAUGUAUGAAUUUAAGUGGUUUUACAUCCCUAAAGGAACUCCCGGACUUUAAUGGAUUCCCUAACUUGAAAAUGUUGGAUCUAUAUGAGUGUACCAGUUUAGUUGAGGUUCCUGAUUCAAUUCGAUUCCUUCAUAACCUUGAGACUCUUUGUGCAAGAGGAUGCUCAAAACUGGCUACAUUUCCAAAAAUUCCACUAAAGAUGGAUUCCUUGAGACUACUCUCUCUUUCACGCAGUGACAUAAGAGAAUUGGAUGAGUCAAUUGGAAAUCUCAUUAGGCUUGAAUAUUUGGAGCUUAAUGGUUGCAAAAAUCUCACAACUCUACCGUGCAGCAUUUAUGGGUUGCAAAAUUUAUGGUUUCUUGAUCUUGGUGAAUGCUCAAAACUUGUCAGAUUUCCAACAAGUACCAAAAUUUGGAAUGUCGAUGGUUGCUCACUAUCACUUCCCAAGCUACAGAUGUUCAAUAUCGCAGGAUGCAGUUUAUCAUCAGAUUGUGAUUUCCUGAUGACUCUUGAUUGCUGGGAAACAUUAGAGUGGCUUAUUCUGUCAAGAAACAAUUUUGUUAGUCUUCCUACUUGCCUCACCAAAUUUGUCAACUUGUGGAUGCUUGACUUGUCGGGUUGCAAGAGACUCCGAGGAAUUCCGGAGCUUCCACCAAACGUUAAAGUAAAUACAAGUGGUUGUGAAUUACUGGAGGAGAGAUUCUCGACAUUGACAAAUUGUGGAGCAGUGAUAGAGGCGGCGUCGCCGUCAAUUGAAGAUGAUAGUGAAUCACUGGACAGAAGAUGAUGAUGAAGAGCCAACUUCGUCGUCAUGGCUUUCUUUGUCUUUCGAAACUUCGAAACGACACUGCACUACGAAAGAACCAUCCCCAACACCAAUGAAUCCUCCGAAACGACAACACACUGCCGCCGGGGUCCCUGACCUGCAGAUCCAUCACAGUGGCUGGCGUUCGUGGCUUUCGUCUGUGAAUGACGAUUAUCACCAUCAACAAGAGCAGCAGGAGCAAAUGGGUAAAGACAUAGUGCAUCAAGAGUCACCUGAUGAACCUGAGAAACGCAGCAGAGUGUGGAGUGAAGAAGAUGUCUACGAUGUUCUAACAAAUAAUAUAGUCCUGUGGAGAUCAUCUACGAUAUCAUUGAAUGCUAAAAGCUUCUCAAAGAUGAAGAGGCUGAGAUAUAUUUCUAUAAGUAGAAUGAUGAAAUACGAAUCCUUUUCUAGAGAUAUUGAUUAUCUCUCCAACUAGUUGAGGUGGUUCGAUUGGCAAGCAUGUCCGUUGCAAUGUUUUCCAUCCAAUUUUCAAGCAAACAAACUUGUAAAUCUCGGUAUUUCUUGGAGUCGCGGAAUCACACGACUAUGGAAGGGACGUCAGAAUUUUUUAAGGCUAACAUGUAUGAAUUUAAGGGGUUGUGAAUCCCUAAAGGAACUCUCAGACUUGAGUGGAAUCACUAACUUGAAAGAGUUGGAUCUAUAUGUGUGUGCCAGUUUAGUUGAGGUUCCUGAUUCAAUUCGAUUCCUUCAUAACCUUGUUACCUUGAAUGUUCACCAUAGCUCUAACCUUAUUAUGUUUCCAAGAAAAAUCAACUUGAAAUCUGUAGAAACAAUCUCUAUUAGCUAUUGCAAGCUUGAAGAAUUUUCAGAAGUUGGGGAAGAGAUGGGUUCAUUGAGAAAAUUGGAUCUAUUAGGUACUUGCAUUAAAGAAUUGCAUCCGUCCAUUACAAAACUUAUUAGGCUGGAAAAGUUGGGCCUAGCGGACAGUCAACAUCUUACAAUCCUGCCGUAUAAUAUUUAUGAGUUGCACACUCUAGAGACUCUUGAUGUGAGAGGAUGCUCAAAACUGGCUACAUUUCCAAAAAUUCAAGUAAAGAUGAAUUUCUUGAGACUACUCUAUCUUAAAGGCAGUGGCAUAAGAGAAUUGGAUGAGUCAAUUGCAAAUCUCAUUGGGCUUGAAUGUUUGGAUACCGUGCAGCAUUUAUGGGCUGCAAAAUUUAGAAUGGUUUGAGCUUACUAACUGCUCGAAACUCGUCAGAUUUCCAACAAAUACCAAAAUUUUGAAUGUCGAUGGUUGCUCACUGUCACUUCCCAAGCUAUGUAUAUUCAGUAUCGCAGGAUGCAGUUUAUUAUCAGAUUGUGAUUUCCUGAUGACUCUUGAUUGCUGGGAAACAUUACGGUGGCUUAAUCUGUCAAGAAACAAUUUUGUUAGUCUUCCUCCUUGCUUCACCAAAUUUGUCAAGUUGUGGUGGCUUGACUUGUCCGGUUGCACGAGACUCCAAGGAAUUCCGGAGCUACCAUCAGACGGCGUUCACCUAGAAAUAAGAGGUUGUGAAUUACUGGAGGAGAGAUUCUCGACAUUGACAAAUCGUGGAGCUGUGAUAGAGGCGGCGUCACCGUCAAUUAAAGAGCCAACUCCGUCGUCAUGGCUUUCCUUGUCUUCCGAAACUCCGAAACGACACCGC